AUGAGGGCAAUUUACGUUUUAUUCUUGACACUACUAAGUGUAACUAUUGCUUCUGAUGUUGUGUCUUGUAAUGCAACUCAGAGCUGUCCUGAAGAUUCUCCUUGUUGCUCCCAAUUCGGUGAGUGUGGUACCGGUGCUUAUUGUUUGGGAGGUUGUGAUAUUAGAUAUUCAUAUAAUCUUACUGCGUGUAUGCCUAUGCCAAGAAUGGACGAUUAUUCAAAGACAUUUAACUCAAAGAGCGCUGUUCAAGAGAUUGAACUUGCUAAUGAAUACUUGGGUAAUGCAACAGAGGCGGAUUGGGUAUACACAGGUUGGGUAGAUUAUUACAAUAGCUCAUUAUUGUUGCAGAUGCCUAACCACACCACUGGUACAGUCCUUUCAUCAACUAAAUAUUUAUGGUAUGGUAAGGUAUCGGCUACGAUGAAAACGUCACAUGGCGGUGGUGUUGUUACUGCGUUCAUUUUGUUUUCCGAUGUCCAAGAUGAAAUUGAUUACGAAUUCGUUGGUUACAAUUUGCAAGCUGCAGAGUCCAAUUUUUAUGCUCAAGGUAUUUUGAACUAUACCAACUCCAAAAACUCCACCGUCAAUGACACCUUUGAGUAUUACCAUUUGUAUGAAAUGGAUUGGCAUGAAGACCACAUCACUUGGUCCAUUGACAAUAAAGCAAUCCGUACUUUGAACAGGAAUGACACCUGGAACGAAACCACUAAAAGAUACGAUUUCCCUCAAACGCCAUCAAGAAUUCAAUUCUCUUUAUGGCCAGGAGGUGACUCCUCCAAUGGGGUUGGUACCAUUGAAUGGGCUGGUGGUGAAAUUGACUGGGAUGCCGAAGAUAUCAAGAAAUACGGAUACUUCUACGCGCACAUUAAAGAGAUUGACGUCGAGACUUACGAUUUACCUGGAAAUGUAAGUCUUUCUGGCAACUCCUCCAAUGCGGACGAUUAUCAUGCAUUCUUGUACGAUAGUACAGAUGGAGAUGAAUCAAACAUUUAUUUAACAAACAAGAAAACCUGGUUGGGUAAUGAUGAUGCUACAGGUUUUGAUCCAGAUAACGAUAGAGACACACAAAAUGAAAAUGAAACUACAACCAUUGUAAAAACUAGUGGGUCAUCGACUAUAACUAGUGUGCAAACCUCAACAAAAAAAGUUUCAGCUAACGCACCUGCACAAAACACGGCAGCUGCAAAUAAAGCCUCUGCAACACAAGAAGCAACAACUACCGACUAUGACCCAAGCGCUGGAGUUGGUGGAUUUGUACAAAACUCAAAAGAGACCUCCUCGGGGGACUCCUCCAGUAGUGGUGGUGCUGCAGGUAUGAAUCUUGAAGUAGGAAAAGAAGGUGUUUUGUUUGCGAUUGCAUUGGGAUUUAUUUCAUACUUUGUUUAA